CCUGCCGAGGGGAAGAAACGGGCUGUUGAAAAGCGAGUGGAGGAGGCUGAUAGAGACAAGCUGAAGGGGGGAACUCGCCGGCAUCGAGGCAAGCAGCUAGUCUACAACAAAGCCUCACAGGAAAAAAAAAGAGAGAGAGAGAGGGAAACGAAUGAGAGAGAGCAAACAUCCUCCUCCUCCUCCUCCAGUCAUUGAGUGAACGGACCCCGCGUUGUCAGCCAGGCUAGCCGAGACACGAAGCACAGAUGGACACCAGGAACACCACUGAAGAGAAACCUGUCCAGCGAUCUAAGUCCUUCAGCUUUAAGACUCAAAGGGAAGUGUGUUCAUCAUGUGAGAAGACGGUCUACCCCAUGGAGAGAUUGGUUGCCAACAACCUGAUUUUCCAUUCGACCUGCUUCUGUUGCAAGCACUGCAACACCAAACUCAGCCUUGGCACCUACGCAGCUCUUCAGGGUGAAUUUUACUGCAAACCCCAUUUCCAGCAGCUCUUCAAAAGCAAAGGCAACUAUGACGAGGGCUUUGGACGCAAACAGCACAAGGAGCUGUGGGCCUCCAAGGAGGCAGGGAACGCCACCAAGACGACAUAAUCCUGUCUAGCUGUGUCCCAUCCCAUCCCAGCCCUGCCUCUUCUCCUCCUCUUUCCUCCUCUUAACUCCACCUGUGCGUCAUGAUGAACACACGCCUCAUAUGUUGCGGGAGGGAGGGGGCGCCCUUAAAUCUCCCACACGCUCACUUGCUUUUUCCACGCCAUCGAAACAGAUACACAAAAAACACCUAGGAAAUGACUGGCCAGUCCUAAUCCAUAUUAAAAUUAAUUUCUGGGAUAUGCAUUUUGUUUUGAAUUGAUUGAUAUCCUUAUUUUCUUAAUUUUAUUUUCCAAUUUCCUUUUUGGAAUUGGUUGUUGAUUGUGACCAAACGCCUUCUCCAGUACGGGGAAUAUAAUCACAUUUGCUUGUAGGGUUUAUUUUAAAUAAAUAUUUUCUUAAUGAUUUGCACCCUUUCUUCUCUGCAUAAGUAAACUGUAUGCUCAGGCAAACAUAUCAGAGGGGCUACACAGCAUCAACUUUUUGUAGUAGAGCAUACACUCAGGUCAAUUUUCUGAGGGGUUUCAAUUGCAAUGUUAUCCACGGACUUUUUAAAUCAAUUUUUUACAUUUAGUUUAACUCAUUUUAAUGAAACGUUUUAACGCAACACAAACUAAGAUGAUAGUCCUCUCUAUUUUGACUUUGCUCUCGGAGACAACUUUGUCAGUUUUUCUGAUUUCAAAUAUUUGGGGAACAAACAGGGUACAACGUACUGUAAAAUAACCGCACACAUGGGCAAUAGCUCACCACUCAUGUUUUCUUUGUUUUUCUGUUUGGUUUCUCUUGUUAUUGUUGUCCAUUUCAUUCCAUGGUUCGUUCAUUUUUUUAAUGACCUGUGUGACUUGGGUUUUAACCUUGCAUGUCUGCCGGUAUGAGUGGAUCUUAACAGCCUUAUCAUCUUAUGACUGUAUAUUAAUCUGUGUUGUGGAUGAUUUAAAUGUGUUUUGUUUCAUUUUUACAUGACGUAUCACUUUUUUAAAGUUCUGAGAAGCACUUCUUGCUCUGUGUGUUUGCUGGAUUUGAUUGAUGUCUUGGCAUAACUUGAUCCUCUCAGAGCUUUUUGGUUGAAAUAGCCUAUUAAAUGAGUUUCUAAGAUUGUCAUUUGUAAUCUAUCUGUACAUAGAGCUGCAGUUUGUGAUUAGUGAAAAUGCCACACUAUACUCUCGUCUUGCACAUAUGACCACACAUGAUCACCAGGCAAGAUGUUGGAUAAUCACAGGGAAACUAAGGCUCAGUCUUUAAACAUCCUUUAUUCCCCAAUGUGAUAUACUUGCGUAUCGCUGAAAACCAUUGGUUGGAUGGAUCAGUUACCAUAAUUACAGUUUUACAGGAUGUUUUUGGACAGAGCUUAAACCUCACAGGAAACCACACAACUGUAUCACUUCAUAAUUCUGUGUUUGUCAAACGUUGGCCUCUUGUGGCGUUAUUUUCUUCCCCUGUGCACUGUUUGAGUGUGUUUGUUAAGCUGGACAGUAAUAGGAGCACAGUAUCCAAUCAAAUCACAUUAUCUUACAUCAUUCAUUUAUGUUUCCCCCAGCCCCAUCCAGUAAGCAUGGACAUAUUUCACACAUUUCCCCUUUGACUAAAUGCCUUCCUGUUCUUAUCUCAUGUCUUACUUGCAAAAUGCUUCUUAGCACCAGGACCUAUUCCGUAAUACUGAAUUGAAUUGAACAUUGGUUGUACAUGUAGUUUGUCAAAGCGUUCUUCCCCUGUUGUGCUUCUGCACACUGCAUGCAAAGCCCAGUGCAGAGCACCCCCUGCUGGGGAAAGUGUGACAUAGAGUAGUGUUUGUACAAUGAGAGGAAGACAAAAGAACCUUGCCCUUGAACUUCUUGAUAUAGCUUUUAUUCAAAGUUUGAACUAAGUUGCCUCAGUCUGCGGUGCAGCCGUUGCACUCCAGUCACUUUUAAUUUUGGUCUUAUUUCAUUGCAACACCUAAGAAAAAUCAGUCCAGUCAGACAAGAUCUCCAUGUCAUUUCAUUCUGUACAAGGAAUGAGUCUAAAGCCAUUCAAUUAUCUCACUUUAGAACAUAUUUAAAUUCCACUGACACUUGACUGACAUUUGAAUGACACAAAAUACUUUUUGUGACUGAAGGUUUACUGUGAAUUAGAGCAUGCUGUGCAAAAUAGAAAGCUAAACUUAAGAGAAAGAUAUUUGCUACUUUUUUAAAAAAGAAAAGCCUUAGAAAUUAAUAGCUGACCUUAUUGUUUUUCAAACAAGAUGUUUGUUGAGUGCACAGAUCUAAUUUAAAAAAAAAAGACAAAAAAAAAAAAACCCUCCUGAUCUUGCCUUGUCAAAAACAAAACUACUUAUUCAA